AUGGAACUACCUUAUUACAGCGUCGAGGGUACUGAUCGGUUUGUCCACCGACUAGGGGAACUGUACCUCACAGGCAUGUUCUCCGACCUCACAAUUUACACCGCGGACCAAGCCUUAAAAGUGCACAGCCUCGUGGUCUGCAGCCGAUCUGAGGCCUUCUACAGAUUCUUCUCUAAUGUCCCCAAUGAAAGCAAACAUGCCCAUGAGUUCGAAAUAAAAGAUGAACACCCACGAGUCGUAGAAGCCAUGAUACGCUCGUUCUACGGACUACAUUACAAUAUCAACCAAUCCGACCCUCAAAUGUGCCCCAUGCUAUUCAAUGUGAAGGUAUAUUCUCUUGCUGACAAGUUCGAGGUGGAAUAUCUCAAAAUCCAAGCAAAAUUAACCUUCGUCACUCUCGCCCAAGAAAACUACAACUCGGAUGAAUUCUUGACGGCUGCUUUUGAGGCAUACAAAACGACGCCAAAGUCGGAUCGAGGUCUGAGGGAUGUGGUUGUCGCCGUUUGUCAGAAAUACAGGAAGGACCUGCGCGAGAAGGAUGGGUUCGAGAAACUUCUGGAAGAAACUCCCGGGCUUGCUACCGAUGUUGUAUUGCUUUCGCACAGGUGGCUACCUCAGCCUGCGUCUGCGAGAGUUCGGAUUGUUCAGUCAUUCUGUUGUCUGUCUUGUUUUGCGAGAUGGCAGAUCCAGGUCGGGUUGGCAGAGUACUUUACUGAGUGUCCGUUUUGUCAGGAUGAUAAGGUUGGGGCUUUUUGA